ACGCCAGCUCCCUGCCCCAUCCCAUCCCGAAUGUUUGUUUACCAGCCACUUGGCGGCCAGUGCCCCGUUCUUCUCUACCAGCAACUUGGGCCUACUAACUAAAAGUUACAGCAUCUAUCUCCAGUAAUCGAAUAUGCACACAAGGGGUCAUUGAAUGGCUUGCCUGUUAUGGCGUGAAUGAAUGGAUGAGAUCCCCCAUUCUACCUGGUUUCCCGCAGAUAUUCCAGAACUGUAUAAGGUCCCUAGUUUUAUUUAUCGUGCCUCCUACGUAGCAAACAACACCAUUGCCAUCCCUAAGUAAGGCAGGAAAACCAUGAACAGUGCAUUUGACCCCGCACUAUAAGUAGCUCGAUGCUACAAGACGGCGUCCCGAGUCACUCGUAAUCUCAUUUUCUUCUCAGUGAAGCGAACAGACAACAUACCUACUUAAACCCUCGGUGCACUUUCUUCUCACCUCUCGAAGCUCACCUACAAAUAUAUCUCGACAAUUGCAAUUUGAAGUGGUUAUGUCCUUGCUGAAACCAAGGCAAACUCCUGAACGGCAGUCCCAACCCUUUGAUCAUGAUGAGCUUUCAAGCCCAAACAGCAACCGGACUGUAGCAGUCCGCCCAUCACCUAUCAAGCCCUUGAAGUCACUAGGGCGUAUUCUCUUUGGUCCUUUCCUAGUAUCGCCCUCCCCUAGCGAUACAACCAAAUCCGAUAAAGAGGAAGAAGACGAGACUCAGAGUAUUAGUUCCUCGAUCAGUGGUCCUAUGAAUCAUACGAAACAAUCUCGCCGUAAGACCAUUUUGGCGUCCUUCAAGAAUAGCCGCGAGCGGCAAAGCGCGCGGGUUAACCGCGUCGACCGUCUCAUCAGGUUCAUCGAGGAAAUCCAAAAUGAAGCAUACGUAGGGGAAAAAGAGGUGAUACCGAGGCAGUUGUUUCCAAAAGACUAUAUCGAACUUCUCAUUGAAGUCGAUGAGCGCGAUCAAGAAUUCCAGCAUUAUUUCCAUCACGGGCUUCGAUACGAGUAUAGGGAAUCUAUCCACGGGAAAGAACAGUUCACCAUUCUGAUGCCUUCGGCAUUCCAUAUUAGCAUGCAGACGGAUAUCGAUGGCAGAUUAUUGCUUUGGAAAAAUGAUAUAAUAGGUAAUAAAAACUAUGGUAUCAAAUCCAAAACAGCCGCGGGAAAAAUACGGUCUAAGCGGGAUCAGAAGAUGGAAUUCGAGUCGAAGAAAACCCUACGUGGAGAUUGUUCUUUUAGCUACCGGGAGGACCAUUACACAUAUCCACCGUUGAUAUUUGAGGUAGCAUGGUCUCAGACUACAGAUAAGUUAGAAAAAAAGGCAAUGGAACUUAUUGAGGAAGGUGCAGGUCAAAUUCGUACUAUAGUUGGCCUGGAUUUCUCGAAGACAUAUAGCAUUUGGGACACAAUUCGUGACCAAAUCCAAAACCCACUGGAACCAAAACGCGGUCCUUUUACGGCUUUUGUCUGGCGUGUUGUUUUCGACAAAGACGGCAAACAGGUUACCAACGCAAGUGGUGAACCCAGAGUACGGAAAAAUAAUCACAUCUUCUGUGAUGACAAUGGGACAGCACAUUUGGCUGAAAAGCUGCAGUUGAGUUUAAGGGAUUUUGUACCCCCACGAGUUAUCAAAGCAGAACGGUGGGAUGAAGUCAAAGACUUACAUGAUGUAAAGUUGGAACUCGAUGCGUCAACAUUAUUAGGAUAUUUUGACGAUGCACUCAUUGAUCAGAAACAUGAAGACGAGAAUAGCGAAUCGAAGAAGGAGAGAAACAGACAGGAGAUGACGAAACGGACAAGAGACCGAGCCGCAAGGAGGAAGGCGGAUGCAGAAAAGGAGGAAAAACGAUGGACCAUCACAAGUAUGAUUGAAGUGGGUGGACACCGCCUAAGAAAAUUACAGGGCAGAACUUGAAGGCGGAACAUUGGGGGCGAGGGCACCGUUAAUCGGUACAAUUCAAGUCUAGUUCAAAGUAGUCUCUCAUUAAGCAAAAAUUUCAAUGGAAUCCAGCAUGUUGUUUGAUAUAGCCAAGAUAUAUCCAUUUCAUAAGUUGGCUUAGUACAUUGCGUUAAGAGGAAGAAAAAUUGGUCCCUAUAUAGGUCUCACACUUCGGUGGGCACUCACUAAUAGGUCUGAAUGGCUUCGAAUUAGUUGAUAGUCUUGUUGAUGUGGGCCGUCAAUGGCAUCAUGAUACUGUCAGAUUUGAGUCAAUUACAUUAAGUCUGGUCGGAAUUCUCUGUCUAUUUCUUCUGUCGAGAAC